GCAAUAUCACAGCAGGAGACAGAGAAAACAGACGGAAGAAAACAGUCUUCACUUCACUCUCUGGGUCAAUAUUACAGAAAAUAUUCAAAGAUGGGGGUUGCCGGUGUGCAGAUGGUGUGUGUGUUCCUCGGCAUUCUGGGCCUGGUGGCUGGCAUCGUGUGUUGCGCUGUCCCCAAAUGGAAGGAGUCGUCCUUCUCGGGACAGAACAUCGUCACUGCGCAGGUGACGCAGGACGGGCUCUGGAUGUCGUGUGUGGUGCAGAGCACCGGCCAGCAGCAGUGCAAGUCGUACGACUCGCUCCUCAUCCUGUCGGCCGACCUGCAGGCAGCGCGCGCCAUGACCAUCAUCAGCUGCCUGCUGUCCUGCCUGUCUGUGCUGCUGCUGCUGGCCGGCGCGCGCUUCACCACCUGCAUGCGCAACGAGGCGGCCAAGCCCCGGGCCACGCUGGCGGCCGGGGUGGGUCUGAUCCUGGCCGGGGUGCUGCUGCUCAUCCCUGUCUCCUGGUCUGCCCACAACGUCAUCCGCGCCUUCCGCAACCCGCUCAACCCGCAGAAGAAGGAGCUGGGCGCCUGCAUCUUCGUGGGCUGGGCCGGCAGCCUGCUGCUGCUGCUGGCGGGGGGGCUGUUGUGCUGCUUCAGCCGGCCGGGGGCCGGGGGGGGCUCCCCAAAUGGCAACGCCAAGUACUACAGCAACGGAGCCUCCGCCCCAGCCCCUGCCAAGGACUACGUGUGA